AUGAGCGCAGCCGAUGUCCCAGUGGCUGAUGUCCCACCAGCAGAAAAGGCCGAGAGUGCCUCCGAGGAUUGGAUCGUUGUCGAUGACCCUCCACAGACGAAGGAAGGCUUGCACCCCGAUGCGGAGCUGGAUCUGGUCUUCAUCUGCGAUUGCACCGGCUCCAUGGGUGCCUACAUCAAGGCAGCGCAGAAGAACAUUCAGUCCAUUGUGACCAAGAUCUCCCAGACCCAGGGUGCCAAGGUGCGGUUCGCGCUGGUCAGCUACCGGGACCACCCGCCGCAGGAGAAGACCUACGUGACGCGCGUCCACGGUUUCACGGAGGAGGUCGAAGCGAUGCGCGAAUUCGUCAACACCAUGCAGGCGGUGGGCGGCGGGGACGGCCCGGAGGCGGUGGCCGCGGGGCUGUUUGAGGCGCUGAAGCUGCCCUGGCGGCCCAACGCCACGAAGGUCUGCGUGCUGAUCGCCGAUGCGCCGCCCCACGGGCUGGAGCCGACCGGGGACGGGUUCCCCGACGGGGACCCGGAUGGCCGGGACCCCCUCAAGAUCUUGCGGGACAUGGCGGCCCAAGACAUCACCUGCUACUCCGUGGGCUGCGAACCCGCCCUCGGGAACUACCACUUCGCGCGGGACUUCCUCUGCAACGUGGCCGAGGUGACGGGCGGCCAGGCGGUGGCACUGAGCUCCGCGGCCAUGCUGGCGGACGUGAUCAUCAACGGCUCCGCCGAGGAGCUGGCGCUUUCAAAGCUGCAGCGCCAGGUGGAAGAGGAGGUGCUGCGGGUGCAGACAGGCGCCAGGCGCGAGGGCCGGGAGAUCACCACUGAGGCGGCGGUGGGCGCCGCGUUUCAGAGCCUCCAGGCCCGGGGCGUGACCAGCGUGCAGAUGGAUACGGAUGGCCGCAUGCAGAACGACACCAGACCGUGCUGGGGCAGCACGAGGGAGCAGAAGUCUCUGAAAGCCGUCAAGGCCGAGCUGCACGCCCUGCCGCGGAGUGCGCCUGCCCCGUCCUCCCGGACACCUGCGAUGGCAAUGCCCGCGAUGUCUUCGACGCGGUUCGGCGGCGGCGGCUACGCUUCCGCCGCCGCCGCGCCGGCGUCCGCGGCGGCCGCGGCGGCCGCGCCGGCCACGGCGCCCGCGUCCGCGACGCGGAACUGCCUGAAGACGGACCUCAUUAGUGCGGACCAGGUGAGCCGUGUGGUCCAGAAAGCGCAAUAUCAGAACCGCCUGCUUUGA